AUGAAGGUUGUGGCUUUAAAGGGAGAAGCCUGUUCCCAGCACUUUUGGUUCGUUUGGGACAUGACGCGGAAUGCUGGCAAGGCCCGCCGGGGGAAGGAGGCAGAUAGCCUCGCAGCCGCCGCUGGCAACGGCUCGGUGGCCGAGGUUGAGUCCAUUCUACUGCUCCCCCAAGACCCUAACCUCGUCGACGGGGAUGGCAUCCGGCCGCUGUCUUGGGCAGCUCGAAGGGGGCAUGCUGGCAUCGUCCAGCUGCUCCUGGAGGCUGGAGCCCACAAGGACCUGGCCGACGAUGACGGCAACUCCCCCCUGACAUGGGCGUCUGGAGAAGGCCAUGUUGAAGUGACCAGGUUGCUCUUAGAUGCCGGCGCGGAUACGGACGUGGCCACGAACACCGGGGCCACCGCGCUGAUCGCGGCCUGCAGCCAAGGCCACACGAAAGUUGCGACUUUGCUGCUGCAGGCUGGUGCCGAUCAGGAUCUGGCUGACGAGAGCGGCACCACGGCUCUCAUGUUUGCGUCCUACUUCGGCUACGCUUCCGUCGUGCGCUCGUUGUUGGAGGCCAAUGCCAACACGGACUUGACCGACAACGAUGGCGACACGGCUCUUUUGACGGCAUGCUUCGAGGGCCAUGCCGAAGUUGUUCAGCUGUUGCUGGCGGCCUGUGCCAACACGGACUUGGCCGGCAGUGACGGCUCCACUCCUUAUCUUGCUGCAUCUAAGCGCCAGCAUUUGGAAAUUGUGACCUUGCUGCUGGCAGCAGAUGAUGCCAAGAAGAUCUUGAAGCAAUCGGCCAACAGUGAUGGUUCCGAAGGUUCCUUCGCGGCUGACAAUGAGACUCGCAGCCAUAUCUUUGACGACGACAGCGCUUUAGCUGCGAUGUGCGCAGCUGACCAAAACCAGUCUGAGAACGACGGAUUCGACACCGACAGCACCACUUCGCUGAUGACAGCAUGUGGCCAGCACACUAGCUGGCAUAGGAGGCAGGCGUCGGAAAACCACGGCAUUGACAGCGACUCGAUCACCCCCGCGACGUUCGCAUCUGAACAAAGCCAUGGUGCCCCUCGAAGCGAUGUAUCUGACAAUGGUGGCUUGGAGAGCCAGGGCACCUGGUCUCUGAUACAAUCAUCUUCUUUGUCGGCCCGUAGCGUUGCCAGCAACGAGAGGCAGGUGGCUGACGAUGGCAAUGCCAGCAGCGGCAUCCCAUCUUUCAUGUCUACGUCGACGUCCGUCCACAGACAACCUGAACGCAAAAAGGAGGUAUCCGAAAAUGAUUGCCUUGACAGUGACGGCGCCAGGUUGCUGGGACACAAAGCCAGCCGCUCCUUGAUGACCGACCAUGUCUUUGCCAGCACCAAGGCUUGCAUGGAAGCUUCUCACCACAGCUUCUCCGAAUUUCAAGAGGAGGUGCCUGAGAACGACGAUGGCUUCGUCACUUCUUUCCUGAACACGCUGAUGAACGCCUUUCAGACUUGUUGUGGUCCUCGAGUUACCCACUGA